AUGCCUCCUAAAUCGAGGAAAGCGUUGAAAAUUGAAGAAUUCGAGCCAGACGAAGACAUAUUAGAAACCACAUGCAAAUGGAAACUGUGGAGACGAAGACUUGAAGUUCAAAUGAAAUACUUCGACAUCGUAAAGCCUGAAGACAUGAAAGCAGCGUUGUUAGUCCAUGGUGGGGAUAGAAUUCUUUCUAUAGACGAGAAUGGAGCUGAACCGGAGGGAGAUCUUGACGAAUACGAGAAGCUUAUUGCUAAAAUCGAGCAUGUAUAUGUUGCAACAAACACAAGACUUCACGCCAGAUUUAGAUUCAACAAAGCCGUUCGACAACCGGGCCAAUCUAUCGCACAGUAUGAACUUGAACUUCGACGACUCGCUAAAGAAUGCGAUUUUCACGGACAGGAUGAUGAGAUGAUCCUAGAUCGUUUAAUAUUAACGUGUAAAGAUGAAAGCCUACAAGCGAAAGCAUUAGAGAAUAAUUGGUCGCUUGAGAACUUCUUGAAAUAUGCAACUACAAAGCAAGACGUCGAAGCACAAAGAAACGAAAUGAAAAUCAAGAGCGAACUUCCCGAAUUUGAAGUGCGAAGAGUAGCUAAUAAAAGAUUCGCGAGAAGGAAAUCACAGAAGUUAUAUUCAUUUAGAAAUCGCGAAAACCCGAGGAAACUCUCGAAUGACGAAAAAGAGAAGAAAGCUUGCACCAAGUGUGGACGUGAUAGAUCACACCCUAUAUGCCCAGCUGCCGAGAAAGAAUGUUUCAACUGUCGGAAGGUUGGUCAUUUCAGUGCACAGUGUUUCUCGAGAAAAUUGGACAACAGAAAUAAGCAAGUAAAAGCUGCCGAAGCUGCCGGAUUGUGUGGUGGUCAUGGGACGAAUGAUUCUAUACUAGACCGUGUUGCUUCAUCUGAUUCUGAUCCCGAAUUUUACAGAUGUGUUAGCGAGAAAUUGGGUAUACGGGCGGUCAAAGGACAAAAUGCUAGCAACAUUUUAUUACCCGUCCAUAUAUUUGGAGUAAAAAUCAUCGUUGAUCCAGAUACUGGCGCUGACGUUGAUCUAAUCUCCGUAAGCGAUUUCAAGAAAAUUCAUGAAGGAAAUCCCGAUGUUGAGAGGCAGAUUAAGAAGCCAAAACAGAAGAUCUACGCCCUGAAUGGUGAAGAAAUUGAAGUUAUAGCUACAAUUAAAGAUGCAAGGAUGUCAAACAAGAACGCAGAGACACUCGCCGAUCUCUACAUUGUUGAAGAUUGUAUCCAUAAACACUCCUUGUUAUCCGAAAGAACACUGAUGAAACUCGGUAUGAUUAAAUACAGCGCUGAGGGAGAGUUUGUUAAGAAAGUCGAUGCGGGCGUAAGUGACGACACUGAACGAAAGUGUAAACCUGAAGAGGAAAUACCGCUCAAGAAGAAAGAACUCAGAAACAUCCUGCAGAAGCACAAGAAAAUGUUCCAUGGCAUAGGAACACUAAAAGAUCCUGAAACAGGUGAACCAAUCCUUACCCACAUCGAACUGAACCCCGAUGCACAACCUGUCAUACAAACUCCAAGACCCGUGCCACAUCAUCUCGCAGAAAGAACCAAAAAGAAAUUGGAUUACUUCGUGGAAGAAGGGAUAAUGACUUGGACUAAACCUGGAGAACCAAUUUCAUAUGCCAGUCCACUUGUUAUCACGCCGAAAGGAGAUCAUGAUGUUCGAAUCACUGCAGACUUCCGAUUGGCUAACAAAGGAGCAUCAAGGACUCGCAUCGUGCCUGGUUUACGAAUAGACGAGCUGUCUGCGUCCUUUGGCGAUUGCAAAGUGUUCUCACAUUUGGAUAUGAAUAAUGGCUAUCAUCAAAUGAAAGUUGACGAGGAAUCCAAGAAAUAUUUAGUCGUGACCACGCCAUGGGGGAAUUUGAAGCAUGAGACGCUUGCGCAGGGAUGGAUAACCAGUCAAGAUGAAUUCGACAGACGAAUAAACGAGAUUUUAGCGGGAAUUCCUUAUGUGAAAUGUAACCGAGAUGAUUGUCUAAUUGGUGGAAAAAACUGGGACGAGCAUAAUCGAACACUCGAUCUAGUCCUGACGCGUCUGCAAGACCACGGAUUGACAUUGAGAUUAGAGAAGUGUGAAUUUGGAAAGGAAGAAGUCGAGUUUUAUGGUGUCAGAUUUACGGCAGAAGGAAUCAAACCAUCAGAGAAAAAAGUGAGAGCAUUACAAGAAUGUGGAGAACCCAACUCAAAAGAAGGAGUAAGGAGUUUUCUGCAAAUGGUGGGAUAUAUGUCUCGUUUUAUCUUUAACUUCGCCCAGAUUGCUGCACCGUUGCGACAGUUAACGAAAUCAACAUCAACUUUUUCCUGGGGACCUAAAGAACAGGAAGCUUUCGAAAGUCUAAAGAACAGUUUGACGGAGCAAACAACCCUUGCCUUUUGUUCCUGA